AUGCCCAAGCGUCCAGAGUCCCCCGUCGCCACAGAGGCCCCAGUGCAGGCCACCAUGUCGUCGAACCCCGAUUGCCCCUGCGCCCCCAACAUGAUCCUCGCCAUCCACCCCAAGACGGCCCUUGCCAUCCACCCCAAGACGGCUCUGAGCACCCGGCGCGCCCUCGAGGACUCCAAGCUGACCAUCCCUGUCCUCCUCGAGUACCCCAAGCCUGAGCCCAACCAGCCUGGCUCCCCUGGCCCCUUGCUGGCCUACAAGGCAGGGUAUGCCGAUGGUCAGGCUGAUGUCGAGGCGCAGCGCCCUGAUCUGGUCCAGGAAACUCAGCGCCUUGACCAGCUGGAGUAUGCCAUCAACACCGAGCUGACUGCCCAGAUGAUCAGGGCUGCGCAGCUGGCCGCAUUGCGCGCUGAGGCGGCUGAUCGUGCGGCGCAGCUGAAGCGCCUCACCUCCAUCCUGGAUGCUGCUGCCGGCGGCGCCCCUGGAGCCAUGGCUAUGAAAUUGAACGCCAUGCUGCAUGCCGAGCAGGAGGCCUGGGCCGCGGCAGAGAAGGAGAGAGCGGGGGAGUACGAGGAGGGAGCUUCUGACGCCAAGCCCCAGGGCCGGCCCACCGCCGUUUUCGAGUGCGAGCUGCCCAGUGACCCCAAGGCAGCCGAGGUCCAUCCAUCCCCGACCCUCCCCCCAGGCUCCGAGGAGGUCGUCACCCGCACCCGUGCCGCCUGUCCAGGCAGCACCCACCUGGACGAGGAUGCGACAGUGCCCACCGCCUAUCUGAGCCACAAUGGCACCCCAUGCACGACCUACAACAUGUACGGUGGGAACCAUGGCCCUCAGCCCCUUGUCUGGGCUGCUGACCUGGAGGCGCGGCCCAACACCAGUGUAAGCCCUGGAACUGUGCACGAGGGAGGCGCCAUCACGGCCUCUGGCGAGGAGCUCAACACACAUGGCUCCCUGGCUGGCUCAUGGGACGACUGUGAUGCAUCCUUGACCCCCAUCUCCGCGGCCUUCUGCGCUGCUGAGCGCAGCCAGACGGCUGCCUCGCCGACGGCCUGGCCUCCGCCCCAGGACGACCUGGAGUGCACGGGCUGGGAGCACUUCAUCCUGACCCCAGAACGCCCGCCCAUGGCCAGCGCACAGCAGCAGUGGCAUGGCUGGAGCUUCGUCACACCCUACCCACAGCGCCUGGAGCAAGACUCCCCCAUGCUAGGCCGGGAAUUCGAGGACCUGUGA